CCACCUGAUUGCCAUUAGACUAGUUUAACUGAGGCACAUGUCUGAGAUGAGCUCCGAUAUGUCUAGAUGCUAAUUAAAACACCAUGCUGUAGUAAAGCUGGUGCCUAAGCAGCUCUGACCCGGCAUUCUUCCGGGUCAUGAACACAUACCAUGAGGGCAAUGCAGACUUUGUAUGGAGAAUAGCAGUAGUCAGAGCGGGCUCCUGACCCUUAGACUGCUCCAUCAGCUGUUUUAUCCUGCAGAGCGGCCGCUCCAGACGCUCCUCUGCUGCAGCCGCAAAUAUUCUCCCCGUCUUAACUUGUGAUGGGGCAAUUUUCCACCCAACCAGCUCGCUUUCAUUUCCAAGCGUGCGUGCCAGUGCGCGCAACGUUCUGGGUUCGUUUUACGCGCACAAUCGGCCGCAUUAGUGCUUCCGAAGCGAGGUAAACGAACUUUACUGCUGAACAGAGAAUGUGUUUGUCAAAAUCAGAACUUAAUAAUCUUUCAUUUUGCUUCCCAUUACACCCCUACUGUCCCCGCGUGUGCGCGUUUUAUUUAAUUUCCCUUUGGGAUUAAUAAAGUAUUUUUGAAUUGAAUUGAAUGGAAUUGAAUUUGAAUUGAAUUGAAUUUCGCUGGAGACUUUCAGAGAGCUUUUUGCUAAAUUGUGGAUCUUACCGCCCUCACCCAACAGCCCACCGAGACUCUGCCAUCAUUACCAAGUCAGUGGGUGGAAAGCGGACAGCCAGCCUGUGGGAGGUUUUGUCCCUCACUCCAUUAUCUGCAUAGAGGAGAUAUGUGUUUUCAGUCGGUGCCAAACACCGGCUGUGGGUAGGAGGAAGACACGCUGUGAUGGGUCAUGGAUUUCAUACGCGGACGAACAUUUACGCACAGUUGAAGUUUUUUUAAGUUGAGAUUUUUAAUGCAUUAAUGGUGCUCCUUCGGAUGAUCUGGGGACGAUGAAGUAUAUUCUUGAAUAAGAUCUGAAUUUGUAACAUUUUUUGAACUGAGAAUAAAUCCAUGGAGACGAAAAUGGGCAUCUUCCUUUUUUCUUUUUAUUUAAUAUUUAUUGAAGAGGCUCAUUUAUUCAGCUACACCUUUGCCAGCAAUCUCCAACCUCAUAUGCCUAAUGUGUGCACGGAGAGGGAGAUGACACUGGUUGCCCAGAGGCAGCCAUGUAUGCAGGCCUUCACACGCAUGGUUAAAGUGUGGAAGCAAGGCUGUGCAGGGCAGCUGUGGUGCAUGGGAUACGAGCGGAGAACAGUGUAUUACACAGCCUACAGACAGGUUUACAAACAGGAUUAUCAAACGGUAUACAAGUGUUGCCUUGGAUGGUCUCAGCUCAAUGGAGAGGCAGGCUGUCUCUAUCCAAUGUGUAGCUAUGGUGUGUGCUUCAAUGGUGGCCAGUGUCGGGAAGGAUCUAACCAGCUUUGCGAUUGUCCUGUAGGAUUCAACGGGCCCAGCUGCCAGUACGAUGUGAAUGAAUGUGAGGAAACCAAUGGAGGCUGCGAGGCUCUCUGCUGUAACACCAUUGGAAGCUUUUACUGCAGAUGUCCUUCUGGACAGAAGCUGAAGGAAGAUGGCAAAACGUGUGAAGAUAUAGAUGAAUGCCAGGUCCAUAACGGAGGCUGCCAGCACACAUGUAUUAACACCAGAGACUCCUACUAUUGUGAAUGCCACCCCGGCUCGAGGCUUCAUGUGGACGGCCGCACCUGCCUCGCCGUGCAUUCAUGCACCGUCCGAAAUGGAGGAUGUGAACACUAUUGUCUGCAGCAGUCAGCUUCUCAUUUUCGCUGCCGCUGCAAGCCAAAUUAUGUGCUAGCACAGGAUGGCAAGCACUGUAUAUUGCGGAAUCCUUGUGCAAAUCAGAAUGGAGGCUGCAUGCAUGAGUGUCGAGUUGAUGGAGGAAAUCCUUUCUGUAACUGUAAACCUGGCUAUCUGCUGGGUGAAGAUGGGAAAACGUGCGAAGAUAUCGACGAGUGUAAAACAGAGGAGACCAGCUGUGCUCAUGGCUGCCACAACACUCUGGGCUCCUACACCUGUGUUUGUAACGCCGCCUAUGAGCUGGGAUCUGAUGGGAAACAGUGUUACAGGAUUGAGAUGGAGAUUGUGAACAGCUGUGAGAGCAACAACGGUGGAUGUUCACAUCACUGCCAGCAUUCGACCAGCGGACCUGUAUGCACCUGUAACCAUGGUUACCGGCUCGAUGACGACCUGAAAACCUGUGUUGAUGUUGAUGAGUGUGGAGAGCAGAGCUCCUGUUGUGAGCAGGACUGCACCAACUACCCCGGCGGUUACGAAUGCUACUGCUCAGCAGAAUACAGACCAAAUGCUGAUGGAUGUAGCUGUGACGAUGUGGAUGAGUGUCUGGCAGCUAAAGGCGGCUGUGAUCACACAUGCCAGAAUACCGCCGGCUCCUUUCAAUGCUUCUGCCACCGGGGUUUCCGAUUGGACGAGGACAGACGCUCCUGCAUCCCUCUUGAUGGAGCAGUUGAAGCGCUCUCCAGUGGAGGCGCCAUCGAGCUGCCCCUUAUCCGCCCCCAGCUCACCUUACUUCCGGAUUACGACCAACCCCUGGAGCGCUACGAUGACUAUGAAGAUGACGAAGGGGAGCUGAGGGCUGAAAGCAGCCUGGCAGAGAGAUUUGUGUGUCUGGAUGACACCUUCGGCAGCGACUGCAGUCUGACCUGUGAUGACUGCACUAAUGGAGGAAUAUGCAAUAUGUGGAAAACCGGCUGCUAUUGUCCAGAUGGAUGGACGGGAAUCAUCUGCAAUCAGACUUGUCCUUUGGGGUAUUUUGGGAAAAACUGCUCCUCUCUCUGUAAGUGUAAAAACGGUGCCAGCUGUGAUCCGGUUGGCGGAAGCUGCCGCUGCCCUCCUGGUGUGAGCGGAGAUUUGUGUCAGGAUGGCUGUCCUAAAGGUUUCUAUGGAAAGCAGUGCAACAAGAAGUGCAACUGUGCCAACAAUGGCCGCUGCCACCGGACCUAUGGAGCCUGUCUGUGUGAUCCCGGACUUUACGGGCGCUUCUGUCACCUCCCGUGUCCUAAGUGGACUUUUGGAGCUGGCUGCUCUCAGGAGUGUCGGUGUGACCAGAAAAACACAAAGGAAUGUCAUCGCCACCACGGCACCUGUGUCUGCAAACCGGGGUACCUGGGCAGCACCUGCAAGGAAGAAUGUAAACCAGGUACUUAUGGACGCGGCUGUGAGCAGAAGUGCCUCUGUCCACCAGGAGCGUCCUGUGAUCAUGUGACUGGAGAGUGCCAACAAAAAUGCCCCGCUGGCCGUCAUGGGGAGAAAUGUGAGCAAGAGUGUCCAGAGGGGAUGUUUGGACCAGGCUGCAUCCAGCUGUGUAACUGCACCGGUGCACCAUGUGACAAAGAGGUGGGACAAUGCCACUGUCCAGCUGGGACAUUUGGACAGCACUGUGAGAACAUUUGUCCGGAGGGUUUCUGGGGUCCCGGCUGCAAAGAAACCUGCCUCACUUGUGAGAAUGGGGGCAUUUGUAAUAAACACAAUGGCUCUUGCAACUGCCCGCCUGGCUACAUAGGAAGACUCUGCCAACACACAUGCCCAAGUGGAGGUUUCGGUCUGAGAUGCCAGAUGAAAUGUGUUUGUGAGAACAAUGCUCACUGUGACCCAGUGAAUGGACGGUGUACCUGCCCUCCUGGAUGGACCGGACACAACUGCAGAAAAGCCUGUGAUGCAGGACACUGGGGGCUCAACUGCACAGAAACAUGCGACUGCAGAAACGGAGACGGCAGCUGUGACACUGUGACGGGCUGGUGUAACUGUGAAGCAGGUUUCACUGGACCAAGCUGCCAUCAGAAGUGCCCUGCAGGUAUGUUUGGUCUGGGCUGUCGCCAUCAAUGUCAGUGUGAAAAUGAAGCGCUGUGUGACCAUGUGAGUGGAGCUUGCACGUGUCGGGUGGGAUGGACAGGCACCUUCUGUGAAAAGCCGUGUCCUCAGGGUUUCUACGGUCUGAACUGCCAGGAGAAGUGUUUCUGUCAGAACGGUGGGAGCUGCGAUCACAUCAGUGGCGUUUGUUCUUGUCUUGCGGGUUGGAUCGGCCCAUCCUGCAACUUCACGUGCCCGGCUGGUUUCUAUGGCCCGGGAUGUAACCAAACCUGUGGUUGUCGCAACGGCGGCAUCUGCGACCCGGCCAGCGGGCAGUGUGCAUGCAUGGCAGGCUGGACCGGACCCAACUGCACAAAAGAAUGCCCAGCUGGGUUUAACGGAGCAAACUGUCAGCAGCUCUGCUUGUGCCAGAAUGGAGCCACCUGCAACAAAACCGAUGGAACGUGCACAUGUCCUGCUGGAUGGAUGGGUACGGCCUGUGAACUGGAGUGCACGGCGGGCCGUUUUGGGGCAGACUGCCAGCAGCGGUGUGAAUGUGAGAACGGCGGCCUCUGCGACAGGCAGACAGGACGGUGCAGCUGCAGCUCCGGCUGGAUUGGAGAGCGCUGUGAGAAAGCAUGUGAAGCAGGCCUGCAUGGGGUUGGCUGCACUGAGCGCUGUCGGUGUGUGCACGGGGUUUCCUGUCAUCAUGUGACUGGGGAGUGCCAAUGUCCUCCGGGCUGGAGGGGAAAGCUCUGUGACAAAGCAUGUUUGCCCGGUACAUUCGGGGAAGGCUGCAUGCAGCGCUGCAGCUGUGCACAGGGAACUUCCUGCCACCAUGUCUCUGGAGAGUGCGGCUGUCCUCCUGGAUUUACCGGCAAUGGCUGUGAACACACUUGUAUUCCAGGAUCGUUUGGUCCAAACUGUAACCAGGUCUGUCAGUGCUCAGAGACAAACCAGCUCUGCCACCCGGUGUCUGGAUCAUGUUACUGCGCCCCAGGUUUCCAUGGCUCCAGAUGUGACCAAAUCUGUGUAGAGGGUCGUUAUGGUCCUGACUGUCUGAGAGAGUGUCGGUGUGAAAACGGAGGGAGGUGUGUUCCUUCAACCGGAGCUUGUGAAUGUCCACCUGGGUUCAUUGGUCCACGCUGCAACAUCACAUGUCCAGUUGGGCGAUAUGGUGGCGACUGCAACCAGGUAGCUUUGUGCCGGGCCGAAGCCCAGAAUGACCCCAUCACAGGUCGAUGUGUGUGCAUCCCGGGACGCAGGGGAGAGGACUGUGGACAGAACUGCCCUCCUGGCUGGUUCGGGACAGAUUGCAUCCAACACUGUAUCUGCAGUAAUGGAGGAUUGUGCGACUCUGUGACAGGCAACUGCACCUGUGGUCUGGGCUGGACUGGGGACCGCUGCGACAUCGAGUGUCCUGUGGGGCGAUUCGGUGCCAACUGUCAGCUGAAAUGUAGCUGUCAAAAUAACAGCUCUUGUGACAAAGUGACGGGAACGUGUCAGUGCAGAUCGGGCUACUAUGGACAUCUAUGUGAACACGUCUGCCCUCCUGGUUUCCACGGUCUGCAGUGUCAGUUGCAGUGUGACUGUAUGAACGGCGCCACCUGUCACCCCAUGUCAGGCCACUGCAUCUGCCCUCCAGGAUUUAUUGGAGCCCGCUGCCACAGAGUGUGUGAGCGGGGCAGGUACGGUCAAGGCUGCGACAAGGUGUGUGACUGCGAAGACGUCGCUCCUUGUGAUCCUGUGACUGGAAGAUGCAUCUGCCCCUCUGGGAAGACAGGGCCCAGAUGUGACAUUGACUGCAGAGGCAAUCGUUACGGGCCCGACUGCACAGAGAUCUGUGAGUGUAAGAAUGGGGUGCAGUGCGACCGUCGCAGCGGCCGCUGCCUCUGCCCUCAUGGCUGGAUGGGACUCUCCUGUCAGGAAGGUACAGCAGUGACCAACACACACACAUUCUACACAGACAGCAGGUGGACCCCCUCUCUACAGCUAUGGAAGCAGCAGAGCAGAUUCACAGCAUAGCUCAUUAUAAUGGCUCCAUGGAGCUGGAAAACUGAAAGUGGGACAGAUGAACGAUGAAAUGAAUAAGUCUGACAGGAAGUGGCAGCGGCUAUAGAGACUCACUGAAAAGAACUGCAGCUGAAGACAAGGUUGCAACCUGGAUCUGUGGGAUAACAGUGACAAUAUUUCCAGAAGCAGACUGUAGCGUCAGGACAUUUUCGCCUUUAUUGGACUUCCAGUGUUGUCUUUUAACAUAACGUUCUGCAGGUACUGUAUAUAAACCCUCCCAGGAAUCAAUGCUCUUGCCAUUAUCAGUGAAUGUGAGGCAACAGUUCUCAAAUACUUCAAAGUAUUUUGACCUCAUAUUGUAUCAAUUUACAAUCACAAAUCUCAAUGUAUUUAAUUGAGAUUUAUGCUGAGGAUCAACACAAAGUAGCAAAUAAUUGUGAAGUAAAAAGAAAAGGAAAAUUCAUGAAAAUGUGGCGUCUGUAUUCGCCCCCACCUCUGAGUCAACACUCUGUAUAACCACAUUUCAGUGCAACUGCGAGUCUUUUGGGUUAUAUCUCCACCAGCGUUGCGCAUCUAGAGAUGGACAUUGAUCCUCAUAGUUCUCCCUCCAAUUUGACUGGGGAACAAUUUUCGAGUUUUGAUACAGUUUCUAAAUUGGAUUUAGCUCUGGACUUUGACUGGGCCAUUGUAACACAUGAAUAUGUUUUGAUCUAAACCAUUCCUUUGUAGCUCUGCAUGUAUUUUUAAGGUAGCUGUUCUGCUUGAAGGUGAACGUCUACACACUGUCAUGGGUCACAGCUAUGCCAAAUGCCAAAUCUUGCAGACCUUUGCAGCUUCUACCAUCAUGUCUCAUAGUGUGUUUACAGUAAAAUGCAGGGUUAGUUUUCACUACACAUAACAUUUUGCAUGUAGGCCAAAAAGUUACAAUUUAGUGUCAUCUGACCAGAGUUGUUUCCCCUAUGUGAUCAAUACAAGAUACUUCCACUUGAGCUUUGGAUCUCUGCAGUUCUUCCAGAGUUACCAAGAACCUCUUGGCUGCUUCUAAUUGAUAAUUUUCUUUAGUUUAGCUUGGCCAUUCCUUGUCAGGUUUGAAGCUGUGCCCUGAUAUUCCUCUUUUUGGACAAUUGAUUGAAUAGUGCUCCAUGAAAAGCCCAAAGCUUGGAAUCUCUCUUUAUAAUUUACCCCUACUGCCUGAAUUAACUUACAAAUUUUAAAAAGAUAAGUGUAGUGUUGGUGUUUUUGCUGUCAAACGGAUGCUAAUUUAAAUGAGAUUUCUAAUCUGAAAACUGCAAAUACAACACAUUUAAUUGUAGGUAAUUAACAUGCAAAUGAGAAAUAACUGGAGAUAACUCAGACCACUAGAUGGCAGCAACAUGCUUCAGAUAUUCUAUUUUCUCCAUGUGUAAUAUGCAACAACCAGUAUCACUGGGAUACAUUCGCAUCUGGGCUGCAUUACCAUCAAAAAGCGAUUGGAGGUGAAUUCAAGGCAAGUCUACAAAGGGUUAAAGUUCUCCAAAAAUGAUCCCUGACUUGUCUGCUGUGUUCCCAAUAAUACGGUUUGUUCUCUAAUAAACCUCUGAUGCCUUCGCACAACGGCUGCAUUUGUACUAUUAAAUUAAAUACAGGUGGACUCGCCUUCUGAAGGGAACCUCUUGUACUGGAUUUGAUUUUGGGUUAUCAGAGUAAGAUUGGGCAGAAUGCAAAUUCAUGCUACACAUUUUAGUUUAUUUAUCAUGUUGCUUUGCAUACACUUACUUUGUGUUGGUAGAUCACAUAAAAUGACAAAAUACACUGAAGUUUAUGGUUGUAAUGUGACACAAUUUGGAAAAUGUAAAGGGGUAUGAAUACUUUUGCAAGGCCCUAUACAUACCCCAGUCAAAGUGCGAUAUUCCAGUUGACUAAAUGUUGGACAGCGUAAUUUCUAUUUUUCUAUACGUCACAUUAAAUGAAGCAUUCAUGUGCACCUUUUACAAACGAUGUGUAUAAAUAGCUUCGUAUUUAUAUUUUAUAUGGUUGUUUUUACAGCUGAACAACGUUCAAGGUGAGAAAUAAAGAUACACACUCAG